GAGUCUGAAGUCUACGGGCGGACCCGAUGGCCACUGACUGAGAAAUGGCGGUAAGAACGAUGAAAUUUGCUCUCGAGUCCUUCGACCACCAGCACAUUCAUCGAUUGCUACCACCACCACCACCCACAAACUCACACCCAGUCGACAAGAAUCGUCGGCCGCAAAACUCAGAACACAUAUAGAAUAUCAAUAUGUCGACAGAACAACUUCAAGAUGUCCAGGAGGCAGAGAUUGAGUCCAAUUGGGAUCAAGUCGUUGACAACUUCGAUAACAUGGACUUGAAGCCUGAACUGCUUCGAGGUAUUUAUGCCUACGGUUUCGAGCGACCCUCUGCUAUCCAGCAGCGCGCCAUUGUCCCUGUCAUCAAGGGACACGAUGUCAUCGCCCAGGCCCAGUCCGGUACCGGCAAAACAGCCACUUUCUCCAUUUCUAUCCUCCAAAAGCUCGACCCCGACAUCAAGAGCACCCAAGCUCUCAUCCUUGCUCCGACUCGUGAGCUCGCUCAGCAAAUCCAAAAGGUCGUCGUUGCUCUCGGUGACUACAUGAACAUCGAGUGCCACGCUUGCGUGGGCGGAACUAAUGUCCGUGAAGAUAUGGCCAAGCUCCAGGAGGGCGUUCAGAUUGUCGUCGGUACUCCUGGCCGUGUUUUCGAUAUGAUCAACCGUCGGGCUCUCCGAACUGACAACAUCAAGAUCUUCUGUCUUGACGAGGCUGAUGAGAUGUUGUCCCGUGGCUUCAAGGACCAGAUCUACGAGGUCUUCCAGCUGCUUCCUCAGGAUACUCAGGUCGUUCUGUUGUCCGCUACUAUGCCCGCGGACGUGCUCGAGGUCACCAAGAAGUUCAUGCGUGACCCUGUCCGAAUUCUCGUCAAGCGUGACGAGUUGACCCUCGAAGGUAUUAAGCAAUUCUACAUUGCUGUCGAGAAAGAGGAGUGGAAGUUGGAUACUCUCUGUGACUUGUACGAGACCGUCACGAUCACUCAAGCCGUGAUCUUCUGCAACACAAGGAGAAAGGUUGAUUGGCUCACCGAGAAGAUGCACGCCCGAGAGUUCACUGUCUCUGCCAUGCAUGGCGACAUGGAACAGAAACAGCGCGAAGUCCUGAUGAAGGAGUUCCGCUCAGGCUCCUCCCGAGUCCUGAUUACCACUGAUCUGCUUGCCCGUGGUAUCGAUGUACAACAGGUCUCUUUGGUCAUUAACUACGAUUUGCCCACCAACCGGGAGAACUACAUUCACCGUAUCGGUCGAGGUGGCCGUUUCGGACGAAAGGGUGUUGCUAUCAACUUCGUCACCACCGAGGAUGUCCGUAUGCUCAGGGAUAUUGAACAAUUCUACAACACUCAAAUUGAUGAGAUGCCUCUCAACGUCGCGUAUGUCUAUUCCGUGAUGCAUUUUUGUCGUCGCAUGCGUACUAAUGUCUCAUAUGUAGCGACCUCAUUUAAACGAACCUUACGCCACGCUAUAUCACGCCGCCACGCCCGUCGACGAACUUCGCUGAAUUUGUACACCGUCCUGUCCAUUCCAUCACCAAGACAUCGAACACUCUUGUCGCACUAUCGCCCGGGUUCUCACCACAUAUCGUGUUUCCUUUCGUCUGUCCCAUUCGCUCCGUUCCUUCUGUCCUUGUUUAUCAGUAUGGUCAUUCUCGUCUCUCCGUUUCGUAAAAGUUUUUUCAGAAUGUACUCGACAGGUUCGCCAUUGCUGAUAGUAUAUACUCUACAUUCUUCUCGUCCGACUGCCGAUGCCCGAGUGUGUGCUGUAUAGACAUAUUAUGCAUCUAAUUGUUGUUGUGAAUUUAGACACGGGACGCCAAGUCAAUGCAAUAGCACAUGAGAGCGAGUGGUAUGUUCAUGCGACGUUUAGCACCGAAAUCUUUUGAUGCG